UAACAACGGUUGCUACCAACGCGGGCUGCUGGGCGCCUGCUGUUUAUCCUGAGAGUCUCACUCGGUUUUUACUUUUCAAACUUUCAGCUGCAAGGCGCGGUGUAACCAUGCCUCGAGGAAGAUCGGCCAAAAGUGCCCACUCAGACAGCAGUGAGAUGGAUAUCGAUGGUACAGCAGAAUCAGAGAUAGCCAAACUGCAAAGACAGUUCAGGAUCAUGGAAGGAGAUCGGCAGGCCUACAACAUUCAGGCCCGGGAGCAGAUCCGCAAACAACAGCAGGAGAUAGACAAGCUGCUGAAGGAGCAGGCGGAGCUGCAACGAAACCUUGGUGUAUGUAAGAGCUUGUUCCGCCAACAGCAGGACAGUCAGGACACAGAGAGUCUUCGUGCUUUGCUGGAGCAGAGAGACAUGCUAGAGAAGGAGCUGGGGAACGAGAAGCAAAGUCAAAAAGAACUAGAAAGAGAGAUCUCAAACAUAGAGCUGAAGCUGGCCGAGCUGAGAAAAGGAGAGUUCAGUACUAGUGACACACAAAGAUCUGAGGUACGGCGGACAAAGAAGGCCAUACGCACGCUGGAAUACAAACUGGACAGAGCUUUGACCCGCUUCAAUGAGCAGCUGACCAAAAACAGCCACCUGAGAGAGGAGCUGCAGACGCUGCAUAUUGAACGUGCCCGUUUCCAGCAACUACACAGGAGGCUGGACAAGGAACUGGAGGCGGUCCGCAAGAAGAUCGGGGAAACUAUCAACUUGUCCACUGCUGCUUAUGAUGCUAGGGUGGAGGCUCAGUCCAAAAUGACCAUGAUGAGGGAGAAGGCAGUGAAGGACCUUGCCCAGUACAAUGCUGAGAUGAAAGAACUGGAAAGGGUUAUUGCACAUGAGUGUAGCCUGAAAGAUUUUAUGACCACCAAGUGCAGCGAGAGGAGUGGGCAGGACGACGGCCACGAAAUGGGACACAGACAAUUGUCAGAACUGAAGGAGCAGCGGAGGAUGGACUCAGGGGAAGAGUCGCUGGAUGCUCUGGAGGAGGUUCUUGAGAGGAUCCAGACAGUGACAGGAGAGGACAAUCUGGACAUGCUGGUCACCAGGUUCAUCCAGAUUGAAGACCGGAACUUUGCACUCUUCAAUUUUGUUAAUGAGCAAAACAAUGAGGCUGAAGCACUGAGGGAUCAAAUCAGCCAGAUCCAAGAAGAGAUGGGGCAGUUUCGAGUGAAAGGUUUGCAGCACGAACACAAUCACUGCUCUUUCCUGAGAGAAAUUGAUGAGCAACAAAAGGAGACUGAAUCCCAGGCUGAGGCCUGUGAAAACAAAGGCAGCAUCAUAAGAAAAAUCCUGCAGGAGAUUAAAACAGGAGUGAACGGCACCUUCUCUAAGAUGGAGUGUGACCGCUCAGUGGUAGAGGAUAUGCUGGGUUCCUCCACAGGAAUCAGUGAGAACAACAUCAUGUCCUAUCUUGGUCUGGUGGAACAGAAGACUAAUGAGCUACUCACCAUACAAGCUUUCCUCAAUUCUAAAGAUCUGGAAAAAGACUACAAUCCAAAAGACCUGGCCAAAUUCCUUCUGGGUCAAAAUCCAGAACUGCUUCAGCAGACUAUCAGUAUCCAACCUGCAGUCAACAGUGUGGAGCAUGAUGCAGAAGAGUCUCCUGUCACUGAUGAGGAAGAAUGGCCACUUUCACAGGGGGAACUUCGCAAAAGAAUAAUGAAAGGGGUUCAGCAGAAGGAGAACUCAGUCCAGCAGGCAGCGACCAAAGCCUCAAAGAUCAGUCAGCAUUUCCAAGGCAGACGGCGUUCCCUGGAAGAUGCACCGAUCUGA